CGUCGUCGUUGUUGUCGUCGUCGUCGUCGUCGUCGUCGUCGUCGCCGCCGUCGUCGUCGCCGUCGUCGUUAAAGAAACGUUACAGGAAGACAUCCUCGUCGACUCGUCGGUCAACCUCAGAUGUCUUCUUUUCUUCGUAGCACCACCUGCCGCUCUGUGCUUUCGCGUGGUUGCAUCGACAGCGGCAGGUCCUCUUAUCGACUCUCUCCUUUCCUUCCUCUUCCCAUCCUUCUUCGAUAUUUUCUUAUCCAGCUCGAAACGGACUCUCUUUUCUCGAAGAAAGUUUCGAAGAGACUUGUCGCUCGGUGGUCUUGCUCCACCGCGAUCAUGUUUACCGAUAAAAAAAGAAGGAAAAUUAUUCGGCCCGCUGCUUUACGGAAAAGUCUAAUCCCUUCGCGGAGUUUUCAUCGAAUUGUUCGCGAGUGGCAAACUGCUUGAAAUAAAGUAAAAACAAAACGGGUGAAAAGAGAGAGGGGAGAGGGCAGAAGAAAUAGAUCAAAUCCAAAGACGGUUUUGUAUACCGGUUGAAAGUUACAACCCAAAGUAUUAGAGUUCGCGGACUAUAGUAUAUGAUUGAUGGUGAGGAUAUAGGAGGAAUAAGUUGGUGUGAAAAGUAAAAUAAAAAGAAGAAGAAGAAGAAGAAGAAGAAGAAGAAGAAGAAGAAGAAGAAGAAGAGAAAGAUCGAAGGUGACUAGGUGUUUUUCAGAUUGGAUGGUUCCGCGAGGGUUAAGCAUCGAGAGGUCGACUUGGGAGCAACCAGAGCCGGAACAGCAACGUUUCUACGAUUCUCCGCCACCACGGAUGGACGUGAGCGUGUGCUGUUUACCCGCCAGUGCCGGCUCGGGGGCCCAGCACUCUCAUCCGGCGAGUUUGCCGUCCGGUGGACAGUCGACGAUCCAGGCACCUUAUCAGUAUGCCGAUCAGAUAGUACCGGAUCGGGGUCAACCCGACGGACUCGCGGUACUCGGCUGUACCGGACAGAACAACUGGCAACAGAUCUCAAACUCGUCCACCGUCGCGGCUGGUGUCACUGCGACAACCACAGCGUACAUCGAUUAUUCUUGGCUGCAGAUGCAGCAGACAUCGGACCUGGACACGUUUCUCUGCAGACAAGAUCUCGAUCGUUUGCCAAAAUUAGACGAAGAUGACGGGGAUAAGGAUACGAGGGAAUCCUCGGUACACAUGGAGGACUUUUUUGAAGUCGGUGGUCCAGUUUGCAGACCACAAGUUAGUUUCAUAUCGUCGAGGAGUCAACCGGGUGGAAACGACGACGACGUCUUUCUCAGGCCUCCCCUUUGGGAAGACAUUACGUCGAGCAUUCAAAAGCUCGACCCGGAGAACGCGGAUAUGUUGGGUUCUCAAUCUCAUAUUAAAAUGGAAUCCGACGACGUGACAUCUCCGGUUCUUUCACCGGUCGAAAUAAAAACAGAGCCUUUGCCAGCCCCACCGACUUUACACUUGCUCGAAGGGCCAGCCUCGAAUCCGGGACAGAGCUUUUCUAAUUCGGGACAGUCUAACGUGUCGUCAGGGGGACAACAACAGCUCGUUCAUCAUCGGACUACGACUACGACAGCAGCGGCAUCUUUCAAAGCUUUCCCGCCGGUUAACUCUGCAAAUGGAAAUAAUGUUGCCGGUAGUACAGGAAACGCAAAUACACCCUCCGUUGCAAGCAACAAUAACGUUAACAAUAACGUUAACAACAACAACAAUAAUAACAACAACAACAACGGGAAUAACAAUAACAACGGUAACAGCAACGAUAACUCGACGAAUCAUCACGGAUCGUCUCAAGCGCAUCAACAAGCUGGUAAUGCAACGACUUCACCGCUUUACGGCUCGAUGACCAGGUUGAUGUACAUCUCACCGUUAACACCUCCCAUCUCGGAUCCUGGUUCGCCCAUCGGUGGUGGUCCACCACGACGGACACCGCCUCCGCCCUAUCCGCAACCCUCCGUUCUAAAUCCGCCCCAUCGGAUCCAACCGCCACCCAUCACGACCAAGUUUAACAGACGAAACAAUCCUGAACUCGAAAAGCGACGUGUUCACCACUGUGAUUUCAUAGGUUGUACGAAAGUAUACACGAAGAGUUCGCACCUGAAGGCCCAUCAGCGAAUACAUACGGGAGAAAAACCAUACCAGUGCCAGUGGCCGGAAUGUGAAUGGCGAUUCGCGAGAAGCGACGAAUUAACGCGGCACUACAGGAAACACACUGGUGCGAAACCAUUCAAAUGCGCGGUCUGCGAGCGAUCGUUCGCAAGGAGCGAUCAUCUCGCCUUGCACAUGAAGAGACAUCUACCGAAGCAGCACACCAAGUGAAUUUACACCGACCCCGACUCAAACGAAGAAAAUUCAAGAAGAAAAUAUAUCAAGGGCUCUUUCUAGCCCUCGGUAGUAAAGGCAACGUAGCGAAAAACAUUCUAGGAAAGAAUUUCUCUUCGAAUCGUUUAGAUCUGUUUUCUCACCCUUAAAAUCGAGUCAACUUUUCGCGUUGACUCGCAAAAAUCAGAUCGACAUUGUCUUCUUGAUCGGUAUAAAAAGAUAAACUCUAUUGAAUGAUCGAAAUGUCCUCUUUUUCUAAAAGGCUGGAAAGAGAACCUAUGCUACAAGUUCGCUUUGUAUCUCAACGAAACGAUUUAUUUAUUCCAAAUAAUUUGUUUUUGUCGUUUCGAUUGCACCGCUUACCUACGUAGAUAAAUUAAAGCUAAUUCAACUUGGACAGAAAUGAAAGGGCUUUCGUCGCUUUACGUCGAUAAAAGCUCAAUUUUCAAAGGCUUGAUAUUAAGAAAAUUUCGCGUUUAAGAGAAUGCACGAUCGCUUCGUUUUGUAUGUAUGUAUGUAUGUAUGUAUGUAUGUAUUACUCUUACUACUACUACUACUACUACUACUACUACUACUACUACUCUUAGAACGUUCGCGAAAGAGGCCGGACAAAAUAUUCGUUCUCGAAUACUUAAUCCAAAAGAUUCUCACGCGCGUAUACAUGUCUCUAUUUACGAACGUAUAACGUCUCCUCUUUCUCCCUCUCGUAGUAUUUAUUAUAUCGUUAUACCUAUCACGGCGUGCAAAAAGAAGUUUCCUAUCGAAGCGUGCAAUGUUUGACGACGAUAUUUUCCAUCGAUAAUUGCGGGAGAUCGGGAAGGUAAGAUUUUUGCUUGCGGCUUGCGUUCGCUGUGGCUGGACCACUAAACGGAAAGAAAAAGUUCCAAACCAUUCAAAGAUAAUAAUUAUUAUAUACUUGCCGCCAAAGAGGAAAAUAAAAAGAUGGCGGCUAACGGAGGUUGGCGAACGGAGGUUGGCGAACGGAGGUUGCCGAACGUUUUCUUCGACUCUUGGAACGAAGCUAUCAAGAAAGCUACCACCAACGUGUGGUUUACCUCGAUGUUUGUUCACCGGCUAAGGAGGUUAUGACGAAACGUAUGCCUUCGUGAUUGUACGCCGAUGGUGUGGGUGGUUGCGAGGAAAUAUUUCGUCACGGCUCAGCGUUAUGUGUUCUCUCUCACAGAAGGAAAGAGGAGAGGGAGGGGUGGGAGAGAAAAGGAGGGAGCUAGGGAGCUAGAGGGAGAGAGAGAGAGAGAGAGAGAGAAAGAGAAGAACGAUGCAGAUAUUGCAGCAAAUAGAUACGUUCCUCUCCGUUAAAGCUUUAGCCAUAGAUAUCUCGUCUCGGAUAUCUUACUUUCCGAAUCAAAGCGUUGUUACGAUCGUAAACUAGGUUGGGACAACUACAACGUGACCUAAAGUGCAAAGGGUUUCGAAGAGAAGCCAAAGCUUCCUUUCGUCGCGACGUAAUUAUUUGCCGACGAUUGUCGUUUAAUAUUAUGACGAAUACAAUAAACGUAUAUCGCGUUUUCUACAAUAUUUUUCACGUUCUAAUGUACUACGAGUGCUACCACCUUUGCGAAACAUUGAAAAAUGAAGAAAAAGAAGGAUAUGUACGUCUCAACUUUGAAAAUCGGAAAGUUUUGAAAAAAAGUCGGAACUUUGAAACACGAGCAAAAGGUGAAGAAAGAGUCGUGCAUGUCGAUGCGAAACGGCUGCGGCCAGUGGCUGAUAUCCAGUGAUGCCUCAUGUACAAAUUCUUUUAGGAGGUUUUAACGAUUAUUAGAGAUUUAUUAAGCGCGUCCCCACGUUCAUUCCCGAUUCCGAAACGUAGCGAUACCUAACGUUUCGCGAUUCGUAUCUCUAUUCUAAUGAAAUCUACGCACUUGUGUAUGUAUACGUGUAUAAAAAGAAGUAAGAAGAUAACAAGAAGAAAACUUUGCAAAUACUUAAUCCCCACUGUAGUUAAUGUAAUAUUAUUUGUAUAGCGUCGCCUCGUACCCCUACGAGGAUACUACUCCGUGUACUUUGAACCCUCCGUCACGCAAUCCCUAUUCCUCUACUUAUUAAUUAUCUUUAUAGACUUUGUUCUACCUAUUUUAGAAGACGAGCAGCGAGAAACGUGCAUUUGUGAUAAGACGAAAAGACCUCGAAGAAUCUGAACAAAAUCCUCAAAGAGGACGUGAUUUUCAACGAGUUCGCAUUACAAAUAGAGAUCAUAUUUAUGUUUCAUUUCAACUACAAACAUUCUAAUCCAUCUCUUCCAUUCCUAUUUUCUAUCAAAUUCAAUGGACGUAAAAUAAAAAGAAAUAUAUAUUCGAAAAUUUUAAUACCCUGCUAAAAAUGAACUAUUCUCACGAAUGUGCAUUGAUAAUUAUGCAAAUGGUCGAAAUUGUCUAAUUUGCCCAAAAAAAUAAUAAGGUAAAAAAAAAGAUAAUGAAAUAAAUCGCUGUAAUUGAAGUUUAACGAAAUCAGAUCUCCUUUUAUUUGUUUAUUUGAAAGUGCGUUGUCGCAUCGUCAUGUAUCAUAAGUGUAUAUACAGCGCGUAUUUCUUCCUAUUACGUGUCUCGAAUGAAUGAAUGAAAAGGUAAUCAAAAGAAUCGAACAUAUGCGCGCUUUAUAUGCUACCAUAUUCUAUGUAUAUUUGCGAUAGAAAAACAAUUCAAAAAAGAUAGCAAAGAAAUGCAAGUAAUUUAAAUUGUCGCGAUGUAUGUACGUAAUUAGAUAUAAUAUCUAUCUUGUUCUAUCGCAUUUCUCCUUAACCGCUCGUUUAUUAUAAAGAAUCCUUAUCGAACAAAAUAUGUCUAACUUAAGCCUAUUUUACCUCAUCCAACAAGGUAUCAAGCUCUAAGCCAUCAUUUAUUUUAAGCAAUAUUUACUUUUGCCUUUUUCAUAGACGAAUUUAACGAUCAUUCGUCGCACCGAAUCUGUUAAUUUUAAUAUACGAAAUAUACCUCAUGUUACGCGAACAAAAAAAAAGACGAAAGAGAAGAGUGGGAUCGAACAUUCGUGCACAUUUCCUACUUCAUUUCCUAUUGUUUGUUCAUAAUGUUAAUAAGAUGCUGUAAUUUGU